CACAUGCACGCGCUUCUGUGUGCAUGUGGCUCAUUGCGAUUGCGCUCCCACAGUCUUGAAUUGUCCCGCGGAUGCGUGUAGAGGGGAAGCUUUCCUGUUUGCAAGCAGUGCAGAAGAGUAGAGGACGCGAGGCGAUGCGCACAGCGGAGAGUCCACAGAAGUGAACGUGGUGAGAGAAACAGAUUUCUGAGGACAAGGAGAAGCUGUGAACACACACGGCAGCAGCAGCAGCAGCAGCAGCAGCAAACCCUCGGCACAAGUCAGUAUUUGCAGUGUGUUUUGUGUACAUGCCUGAAGACAGCUAAUCGGACGAGGGUGCGUGCUGGGUUGACUACGCCGUCUGCUCGUUAUCUCAGCAGGACGGCUCAGUUGGACCGUCCGCUGCCCGGUUUCAGACUCAGUAGUGAUCCGGAGAGGAAGACGAGCCGCCCUGGACGUCAACAAGUCCACCGUGCAGUAAAAGAAUGGGCUGUUUCAUUGUGGAGGGAAGGGCUUUGCUGUAACACCGGUGGAUCAUGGCAGGGGUACAAGCUUCAGAUGUUGUGUCGGGACAUUUUCUGGAUCCUGCCAUCCAGGGCGCGACCAACGUAUCGGGGAUCACCGGCGAUGCGGCCGCGCUGACGCCGACUGGUACCCGGGCGUACUUGGAGGUGUCAGCCGCUGCCCAAGGCUACGGGGCCGAAGGAGUUUACACCAAUGGACGGUACAGGGAGCACAGCAGUCCAAGGAUCGGGAGUGGCAGCCGUGAUAAUUCCGCUGAGAGAAUUCAGGGAGCUGGGAACCCACCUUGCGGCAUCAUGAAGGACACUUCCAAACAGAGGCAGGUGAGGAAGAAAACUGUGUCCUUCAGCUCAAUGCCAAAUGACCGCAAGAUUAACAGCACAGCUGCAUGCAUGGCCUUCAUGAUGGAGGGUUGUGAGAUGAAGAAAGUGCGCUCCAACUCUCGCAUGUAUAACCGCUACUUCCUGCUGGAUCCAGACAUGCACUGGCUCCGGUGGGAGCCGUCCAAAAAGGAUUCAGAGAAAGCAAAACUGGAGAUCAAGGGCAUUAAGGAGGUUCGUCUGGGAAAGAAAACUCCAGUUCUGCGCAGCAAUGGUCUCUCAGAUCAGUUCCCUGAUGAAUGUGCUUUCUCUAUCAUCUAUGGAGAUAACUAUGAGUCCCUGGAUUUGGUUGCCAGUUCAGCCGAUAUCGUCAGCACCUGGGUAAUGGGCCUGAGGUAUCUGGUGUCUUAUGGCCGGCACACCGUAGACAUGGUGGAACCUAGCCAACCAAGUUUACGAACAUCUUGGAUUGGCUCAGUGUUUGAGCUAGCAGAUAUGGAAAAGGAUGGGCACAUAGAUCUGUUCAGGGCCACCCAGAUUAUCAAGGGGCUCAACCCUGGGAUGAAAGAGUCCAGGAUAGAGCUGAAGUUCAAGGAGCUCCAGAAAGCUAAAGACCAAUAUGGAGAGGAACUUAACAUGGACACCUUUGUGGAGGCCUACUGUGAGCUCUGCACCAGACCAGAGAUUUUCUUUCUACUGGUGCAGUUUUCCAGUAACAAGGAGUAUCUGGACAGUAAAGAUCUGAUGCUAUUCGUGGAGGUGGAGCAGGGCGUGGAAGGUGUGACGGAAGACAUGUGUAGGGAUAUCGUUCAGAAAUUUGAGCCAUCAGCUGAAGGCAGGGACAGAGGCUACCUCUCCAUUGAUGGCUUUACUCACUACCUCCUCUCCUCCGAAUGCCAUAUCUUUGAUCCACAGCACAAACGUGUCUGCCAGGAUAUGAAUCAGCCUCUGUCCCACUACUACAUAAACUCGUCACAUAACGCCUCUCUUCUGGAAGAUCACUUCUGGGGCUCAUCAGACAUCAGCAGCUACAUCCGAGCUUUGAGGAUGGGCUGUCGCAGCAUUGAGGUCAUUGUAUGGGAUGGCCCUGAUAACGAGCCAGUGGUGUAUGUAGGUAGUUCAGUAGCCUCACAACUAGCUCUCUCAAAAGUCAUGGACAUAAUAAACCAGUAUGCGUUUGAGAGCUCUGAAUAUCCCCUGAUUCUGUGCUUAGUGACACACUGCUGCAUCCCCCAGCAAAGAGUCAUGGCACAGCACAUGAAGAAGAUUCUUGGGGACAAGCUGUAUGUGGAAUCCCCCAACAAAGAGGACAGCUACCUACCCUCCCCAGAAAAACUGAAAGGUAAAAUCCUCCUCAAGGGUAAGAGGCUACCACCCAACUGCACUGAUGCAGAAGGGGAUGUGACAGAUGAGGAGGAGGGUCUGGAAAUGUCCAGAAGAGUGGGAGCUGAUGAUAAGGACCAAUUAAAUGGCUUAGGCUACAAGAGACUUAGACUGUGCAAGGAGCUUUCAGAUCUUGUAUCUCUCUGCAAGUCAGUCCAGUUUAGAGACUUUGAGCUCUCCAAGAGGGAGCAAAAGUACUGGGAGAUUUGCUCAUUCAAUGAGGUAGAUGCCAACAGGUUUGCCAAUGAGUUCCCAGAGGAGUUUGUCUAUUAUAACAAGCGUUUUCUGUCAAGGGUAUAUCCCACUCCCAUGAGAAUUGAUGCCAGCAACAUGAACCCCCAGGAUUUCUGGAAGUGUGGCUGCCAGAUUGUGGCCAUGAACUACCAGACACCAGGCCUGAUGAUGGACCUGAAUUUAGGCUGGUUCAGGCAGAACGGCAACUGCGGGUAUGUUUUGAGGCCAGCCAUCAUGAGAGAGGAGGUGUCCUACUUCAGUGCCAAUGCUCGAGACUCUCUUCCAGGGGUGUCUGCCCAGCUUCUGCACAUCAAGGUCAUCAGUGGGCAGAAUCUACCUAAACCUCGUGGCUCUGCUGCAAAGGGUGAUGUUGUGGAACCCUACAUAUAUGUGGAGAUCCACGGCAUCCCAGCUGACUGUGCCGAGCAAAGAACCAAGACCGUGUCCCAGAAUGGUGACAACCCUAUCUUUGAUGAGAGUUUUGAAUUCCAGAUCAAUCUACCAGAACUUGCCGUGCUGCGCUUUGUGGUGCUGGAUGAUGACUACAUUGGAGACGAGUUCAUUGGCCAGUACACCAUUCCAUUUGAGUGCUUACAGCCAGGUUAUAGACAUGUCCCCUUACAAUGCCUGACAGGGGAGUUUCUACCCAACACCACCCUGUUUGUCCAUGUAGCCAUCACCAACAGGCGAGGUGGAGGAAAGGCACAUAAGAGGGGUCUGUCUGUAAGGAAGGGUAGAAAAGCCCGGGAGUACACCACAACCAAGACCACAGGAAUCAAGGUGGUGGACGAGCUCUUUAGAGCAUCCACGCAGCCCCUCAGGGAGGCCACAGACCUCAGAGAAAAUGUACAGAAUGCCUUGGUGUCCUUCAAAGAGCUGUGUGGCCUGACCCCGGCAGCCAACAUGAAGCAGUGUAUCCUGACGGUGUCAACCUGGCUGAUGAACAGCGAGCGGUCGCUGAGGGUAACAGUGGACCUGAGCGAGACUUACCCCACCAUGGAAGCUCAGGGUCCUGUUCCUGAGCUGCUGCGCAAAGUGCUCAAUGCCUACGACAUGAUGAUCCAGACCACCAGAACACUGAUCGAGUCAGCUGAUGUCGUCUACUCCAAACUCACACAAGCACAAAGGGCAGGUCUAGACUUCCAUGAGGAUCUGCAUCGCAUUGGUGCAAAGGAGGGUCUGAAAGGCCGUAAACUUCAGAAGGCCAUGGAGAGCUACGCCUGGAACAUCACUGUCCUCAAGGGCCAGGCAGACCUGCUGAAACACGCUAAGAGUGAGGCUCUGGACACUCUGCGUCAGAUCCACUGUGCAGCACAGUCUUGUGGCCUCAGUAAAAAUGGAGCAUCUCCCCAGCUCCAGCACCACCCUCACCACCAGCCACAGCAGGUCCAGACUCAGCAACAGCCUCAGCCCAAGGCCCACCCACAGCCCCUGCCACCACAGCAGCCCCAGCCUCAAACCCAGAUUGUACCUCAGGCUUAUCAUCAUCCCCUCCCCCAGCAACAUCCCCAGCUACCAGCUCUCCCCCUGCUUCAAACUGUUUCCAAACCACCAGCCUACAAUCAACCCCCACCCUUGCCCCAGCUGCAGUUUCAGUUCCAGAGCCAGCAGCAGCAGAGGGCAGAAGGACCCCUGGACACCAUCCCUGAGAAAGAGAUGGUCACUGAUGAUCAUGUGGCUUCCUGCUGACCCGCAGCCUGUGCCCACAGAGAAUCCUACCCAAAGAGAGACAGGGACAGUCAGAUAGGGACAGAGAAGAAGAGUGCAGAAGAAGCGCAAGAGUUUAGUUACAGAGGGCAGAUGGAGGAAGUGGCUGAGAGAGUUAAAGAGAUGAUGAUGGUGAGGAAGACUCGGCGUGUUAGAAGUGAGACACAGGUCUGAGAGGAGGUUGAAGUAGGAAAGACAGAGGGACCUUACACUUCAAUCACACAUUUCUAGACAGGUUUGAAAACUGGUAGGACUGACUACUGUACUCAGUUGAUUUCAGUCAGGAAGUUUUGGUCUCUCCUGUUUUCUCUCUUGUGAGAGGUCAAAACGGAAACCUCUGAUAGUGUGAUCAGUCAUUUAGACAUCCCUGUCUCUCUCUGGGCAGUGCUAGUUACAUGCACUCACUAUGUACUCUAGCUCUGUGGGUACAGGCUUUACCUCACAUUGGCAUUUUUUUUGCCACACAUUUGCCUUUUCAUUUCCAGAGACAUCUUUGAGCUUUUACUUUUUUUAAUAGCUCACACUCCUCCCCAUCCACCUUAGACAUAAAAAACUAAGAGCCAUCCCUCACUCAUUUCAAAAUAAGGACGCCAUUUUCAUCUCAAGUGCUCAAAGUACAGCAGCUUGACUAAGCUGAGCUCCGUAGAAGUCACAGAGGACCAUUUCAGCACAAACCAGGGAACUGUAGAACUACAAUAGAGAAACACAUUUCAAUUGUUGAUGUGUCAUGUCACACUGAUGCUCUUCUUGCAUCCUACCCAUCAGGCCUGGCUCAUAUCCAUACUUGUUCCUUAUUAUUUUAAGUUCUUUGGCAUUACUUUAAUACCCCACAGGGUCUCCUUGUCUCCUCCCCAGGGGCUGUGUGUGUGUGACGUGAGUUGUUGUGUUGGUCCCCAGGGUAGAGCUAGCCUGCGUCCGAAAGCGGCGGAGCUUACCAGCCAGUCACAUCUGGAAUAUUGACCCUGCCUGUUAGAGGUCAAAGGUCAAACAGGAACACAAAACUGCUGUCAAUAGAACACAAAAUAAAGUGAAUAUAGAUGUAAAAUGUAUGUAAAAUGUAACAAAAGAACAUAUAUUGCUAUAAUAAUUCUUGCAGACACGGACAUUAAUUAUUGAUAUUAUGAUUGUUGUUAGUUCUAUUGAUAUUCUGAUUCUUUUUUAACAUUACUUCCACCUAUACAGUGAUUUGAGACCUGAUGUUCUGUGGUGCAGAUCAGGGCAACCAGCGCAUGUGGGACUGGAACGAAGGUUUACGGGUUAGCACCACAACACCAGGGUCAAACAAUAACCUGACAUGUGUUUCACUGCAGAGUGAGUGUGGAUUCUGUAAGAGCUCCUUUAAGUGGCCCAUUAAAACUGGCUUCAUUGUUUA